AUGUCGUUCGCGAUGGCCGACGAUGCGCCUCUGGCACAGUCCCCUGAUCUGACCACUGGCCUGACUUACUCGGCGACCCUUCCUGACAUGGGCGCGGACGGCAUCAGCGGUGCAGUCCUGGGCUCCAUCUCCCCCGACGGCACCGGGACAAACUUCCAAGUCAGCUUCUACAACCUGCCAGGAGGAGACAGUCUUUCCUACGGCCUCUACACUGGCAAGGUCUCGGCGACCGACUGCUCUGCCGCCGGCGCGAUCCUCGACCCCUUCAGCGGCGGCACCACCAAUUGUGAGAAAGAACCUGCUUCGUGCCAGGUCGGCGCUCUUAGUUUGAAGCACGGCGCGGCGAAGAUCAUUGGUGGCGGUGCUGGGACUGGGUACUUUGCGGACAACUACGUCGACAAGUACGUCUCGAUGGAUCCGAGCGACCAGGCUUUCUUCGGCAAGGGCAGCAUCGUCGUGAACGAUGUCAAUGGCGCACCGGUCGCCUGUGCCAAUUUCAUCAACGCAAGCAAGGUCUCUUCCAAGGGCAACAGCACCAACACCGACUCCUCGAGCAUGGCCAUGUCCUCGACGACGGGCUCAAGCGGUGGGCCGACGGGAAGCAGCCAGCAAACUGGUGGUUCGUCUGGAUCCUCGAGCUCGUCGACUGGUGGUGCAGUCAUGAGGACUGCGGCGCCGAUUGCCGGUGUUCUCGGCAUGGCUGCUCUGUUGAUAUAG